AUGGCGCCACGAAGCUCUCCACAAAGAACCAUCAGACAGGCUCAGCGAUACCAUGAGAGUAUUCCGCUGAAAUGCGAGCUCAUUGAGGCUCAGAAAGCUCCAAAAUCGAAACCAGUCGCCAGAAAGAGAGCACCACCGAAGAAAGCUGCGAAACCUGCUCCAAAACCCGCUAAAAACACCAAAAACUCACCGAAACGCCAAGAAAAGCCCACUUUUAUCUGUACAGAUCGAGAAGUCGACACAAAUGUUCCAUAUGAGCUCAGAUUCACUAAUUAUCAGCCAACGGAGGCGGAUUUCGUGGAGGAAUACAAAAGAGUUGAGCAGGCGGCGAAAAAGGUGCUGGCCAUGAAGGAGAGAGUUGUGGAGAAGGAGUUUGUCGAUAUGAUUCCGGAGCAGAAGGUUUUCAAACCCCCAAAUCCAGAAAAACCCAGAAAAUUCGCUCCGUUGGUGUUCAAAUUCCCAAUGGGAACCAGAAAGAAGAUGGUUGUGCCGAAAGUUGUGAAUAAUCCGAUGAAAACUGAGAAACUUACGUUUUUCGAGCCGUUGGCACACAACGCGAUCGCCAAGGAUCAGUAUCAGCUCCCGAAUAUUCCACAUGUGGAUGAUAAGGUGGAUGAUAUGACUGUCAUCUCGCAUAUAUACAAGAACUACCCGAACGGAAUCCAUGGCUACGUGAAGAACGCAAUGGAAAUCAGCAUUGAGAUGUUGUACCGUUUGAUGAGAGAACUGAUUCCCGGCACUCGAAACCCGGAUCUUCUCUACUAUUCCAUUCAUAAAAUGUUUCCAAACGUUGGUCUCCAGAAGGAAAUCUCCGAUAUCUUCCCGAAACUCUGUAGACAAUACGGUUCGAACCAUUCACAUAUGGAGACAUGGAAGAAACCAGAAGACUAUCGAGUGGAGCCACUUCAGAAGAUUCCAUGGAAUAUCGAUAGAAUUAUGAAGACGAGAAGAGAUUUCCUUGGGGUUUCUAUCAAAAUGCCAACUGAGAAUUCUGGAGAUUUCUGCUCAGAGCACUGCUUCCACACGCUCACUGAUCAACAGUUGAAACCACUCCUCAGAAAGUUCAAAUUGACUGAAAAAACACCUGAAGAACUCGAUAUUGCUGUUCUGAAAGGCGCGCCGAGCAAGUCGAAUUCUCGUUUUUUCAAUGCACUUUUGAAUAAGAAAGACCGGACAGUGAUCACUAAUUUCUGUGAGGUUUCCGAGAAGUUCCCAGAGCAUUCGUGUGAUGUCUGGUUCAAGACAUUGCUGAAAAUUGCGAAACCACCGAUGGAAGAGGAUGUGGCGCCGGCGAGUUAUCAAGUGCGUGAUCAAAAAUUCCUCAACGCAAUGAUGGCUGAACGUCGAAAGUUCGUGAAAAAGCAAAAAGAGAGCGGCGAGGAGAAUUCGGGACGUCAACUGUUCGGAUCGCUUCCAACACCAUGUGAUCAUCUGGGACCGUGCGGCCCAGAUGUCGCCGAGUGUUCGUGUGACGUCAUGUGCUCCGUCUACUGUAGUUGUGACGUCAAUUGUAAUCGUAAACUUCACGGCUGUAAUUGCACAUCGGCGUGUGGCACCAGUCAAUGCACAUGCUUUAGUGUUGGAUUCGAGUGCUCUCCGUUGACUUGUAAAGGAUGUUUUCAUGAUGAGGAUGAUGAUGAUGAGGAGGGAUCGAAAUGCUGCAAGAAUCGAUCCAUAACCGAUGAAAACUCAAAAAUUAUUGAAGUCAAGAAAUCGGGAAUCGCUGGAAAUGGAGCGUUCAUUGGGGAAGAUGUGAAGAAGGGAGAGUAUAUUGGAGAAUAUGUUGGAGAGAGAGUAUCGGCUGAGGAGGCGGAGAGACGUGGAAGAUUUUAUGAGCUGAAUACUAGUUAUUUGUUUAAUCUGAAAGACGGCACCGCAAUCGACUCGACUCGCGCCGGCAACCAACUCCGUUUCGUCAAUAACUCGUCCCAACCGAACUGUGAAGCUCGUUCGUCCGUCGUCCGUGGCGAAGAACGCAUCGGAUUCUACGCGAAGAAGGCGUUGAAAGCAGGCGAAGAGCUCACAUUCUUCUACAAUUAUGACUCGGUUCAUGAGCAGAGAUUCUUCAAAACGAAGCCAGAGGAUAGACUUCCGAAAGUGAAAUCGACGAUUAGAGUGAAGAAGGAAUUGAAGAGCACUGAUCGAAUUCCGAAAAUUUAUAAGAAUGACACGGAAAUCGUUGAGAUCAAGACUCGUUAUGGAAGAACUGCCAAAGGGUGUCGUGUUGUGAGAAACGCUGUCAAGAAGGAGAUCAAACCGGAGCCAAUGAAUGAAUCCUUCGACUCGACUAUCUUUGAGGAUCCUCCAUCUGAAUCAUCUUCCCAUCAUUCUCACCGUGAAGUGAAGCCGUUCGCCUUUCUCCCACCAACUUCUUACGAUUUCAACGUAUUCAACCUCGGACACGACGACUCACAACCAUCCACUUCAACCACCACCUAUUACAGCUACACUAGCGAGGACUUCCGACGCACCCAUUCACCAAACUGCUGCAUGAGAGAGAAGAAAGUCGAGGGUCUUCUCCCAUAA